ACAUUUGAAGGAGCGUUCAAAUCUCGUAAACAAUAUCCCGAUACAGUUGUAAGAAUAUUGCGUGAUUAUUAAUUGUAGUAAAAUAAAAAUGUUUUAUUUUUUAUUAAUACAAUAAAUACAUAAAAAUACUGCUCAUCAUUUUUGUUUGUGUUAUUUUUUAAUGUUUUAUUUUUGGUUUUCAUACAAUAUUGUCAUUGUAGGGUAAUAUUGAACGUACUGUUCAAAACUCGAACAUAAAUAAUGCAUGCGGGUGCAUAGAAGAGUAAAAUACCUAAUUCUAAAUACAUAAACACUAUGUAUUCGUUUAUUUGAAAGCAAUUAAAAUAGCUCCUGACUUGUUAUUUAGUGUGGGAUCUCUGUAUUUUGUGAUUGGUAUAGCACAAUGGAAGCUGAUUCAACUACUUUGGACAACAGUCCGAAGGAUACAUGUUUUGAGCCAGUUUUCCCUUUCCCUGUUAGCCCAGGGAACUACCAGCUCUACAACACUUUUUCAACACGCACUGGUGAAAGGAGUCUCGAAUGGCAGAUUAUUGAGAAGCUGCAAGCACAUGGGCUUCUGACCAAAACAGUGAAGUGCCCCACAGGGAAGGCAGAGUGCAAAGUGGUGUGCAAAAAUGCCAGAGUUAUUGAUAGAGUCCAAUGGGUCUGUGAGGCAUGUGGGACUCGGCAGCCGGUGCGCCUCGGCUCUUUCUUUAUGAAGUUGCAAUGCUCCUUGCUGCAGGCCCUGCAAAUCAUCCUGGCGUGGAGUGAGGAUGCUGAAAUCAUGCAGGCGGCACAGCAUUUUGGAGUGAAAGACCGUGUAGCAACCGCCAUAUACAACAAGAUGGAUGACCUAGCAAUCAAGGCGCAGAUGAAGGACCAGCUGGGCGGAGAGAACAGUGUGGUGCUCGCCGAGAUGUACCCGGACUGUGUCAAUAGGUUGUCUCCUGACACUACAGACACACCGCAUGUUCAUAGGAUACUUAUGCUGGCAGACACAAAUCAUAUACCCACUCGCUACUGGCUGCACGUUAUAAAAGAAGACAAUAAGAAAACACCAGCAAAUACUUCAUUGGACUCUGAGCAUCUGAGAGCAACAGUAGAAGAGGUGGUGAAAAAAGCGACUAUGCCCAAUUCAAUAAUAGUGACGGGGAAUAGCGUGCCCGUGAUAGAGGGCGCCUCCUCCACACAACAGCUGCUGCAGCAUUGCGAUGCCGAUAUGCAACAUUUUCUGAGUUCCCGAAUAUGGCGCGGCGCGGUGACGCUGUGCGCAGCGGCCAGGGAGCUGUGCGCGGGGGCGGGGGCGGGGGCGGGCGCGGGGGCGGGGGCGGGCGCGGGGGCGGGCGCGGGGGCGGCGUGGUGCGCGGGCGCGGCGCAGCGCUACCUGCACGCGGCGCUGUACCGCGUGGCGCGCGCCGAGCUGUUCGCGCACGCGCUGGAGCUUAUCGCCGAUGAUACGAAAGACAAGUUGGAAUGAUCCAUUAGUGUCAGCGUAGACAAAGAUAUCGGAGAAGAACGUGUCGUACAACAUGUAGUAACAAUUUUUUUUACAUUUGAAGUACAUAGAUGGCGCUGUACGACUCAUACUAGUUACAUUUGCCACAGUGCACGGCGCCGUAAAGCGCCAUAAUUCAGCGAAGUAAUUUACGCAUAUACAUGAUUGUUUGCACUACUUUACGCGUCACAGCAUACACCUUUGUCAUGGCAGUAAUUGUCGUGCUAUGUUAGUAACACAAAUUCUUGGCAGUAUUAUAAGUCUUCCUCAAAGAAGUGACCUUCUUCAGCUUAAUCAACUUACAGGUUUUAAGACUUCUAUAUUAUUUGAUCUUAUUUACAAGGUUUUUUUCUUUGCUCAAAGAUAUGUAUUUGUUUUAUGUUACAUUAAUUAGCUUAUAAGGUGUGAAACGGAAAACCUUUUCUUAUUUUUAUGUACACAUAUAUCAUAAACUUUCUAUGAUGCCUUAAAAAUCCGUAAAUAAUGGCCAACAUUAAGAUAAAUUGUUUUUUUACGACAAAUUUCUUAUCUGUGAAAAUGUUGUAAUUGAUUCAUAACUACAUCAAACUCGAGUUGGUAAUGACAUUCAAAUUUCGAACAUCUCUGGAAAAAAGCAAUUCGAUUCGACCUUUAUUCUAAUAUCAGUCGAGAUGCCUUUUUGUUCGACAUGAAAUGUAAAUUGCAUACAAUUUUGACAAAUCUCGCAUGUUCAUUUGUAUCGAACGAUACGGAAAAAGGCCCCCGCUCUAGGCUCUAGUUUGUCUCUGAAUAAAAAAAAAAACUACGAAUGCCUGACAUGCGUGAAAUAAGUUUUCAUAUACCGCCAUUUGGCGUACAGUAUAUCUUUAAUUAGUUUUAAGUAUAAAAUGAGCUUGUUUUGUUGUUUUUAAAAUAACUAUAGCAAAAGUUUCGUUUAAAAUCAGCGAUAAAGAUAUUUCGGCGACGCCGCCACAUAUCCGCGAGUUCCGCAAAAAAAGCAACGGUGCCGGUGUUGGCUGUUUUUGGGUUAGUGACUAUAUCAUGGAAAGUUUAUAUGUAAUAUGUGUAUAGAUAAAACAGUGUAUGUAACUCUACAUAAUUAGGCAUUAAAACACUCAUGAUGUCCUUUUAAGAAACUUACUUCGUUUGUUUCUUAAACCCACACUUGUGUUUUAAUGCCUUUCAUUAUAGCAGUCACAUAAACUACUACUUUUACAUUUGAAGUACAUAGAUGGCGCUGUACGACUUACAUAAUUACAUUUGCCACGAAGUGUACCGCGCCUUAAAGCGCCAUCAUUCAGCGGGAUAAUUUACGUAUAUACAUGAUUGUGUAGUACCUUACGCGUCACAGUAUGUUCCUUUGUCAUGGCAAUAAUUGUCGUGUUAUGUUGGUAACACAAAUACUUGACUGUAUUAUAAGUCUUCCUCAAAGAAGUGACCUUCUUCAGCUUAAUCAACUUACAGGUUUUUAAGACUUCUUUUUUUAUUUGAUCUUAUUUACAAGGUUUUUUCUUUACUUAAACAUAUGUAUUUGUUUUAUGUUACAUUAAUUAACUUAUAAGGUGUGAAACGGAAAACCUUUUCUCAUUUUUACGGAUUUCAAAUUGAUAUUGAUAUUAUUUUAGUAACGAGUGCCUUAUCGAUGAGAUAUUUCUGUGUCUUCCCAAGUGCCUUGAUGAUAUUUUGUACUAAUUAAGUACGUAUUUUAGUUAUGAAAAACUGUUAAAUUUAUUUUGUUAGUGUUGUUAUUCUCAUGUCAGACAACUACAUCAGCAGUUUCAUGUUUUCCUGAACAUAAUAUUAUUUUAUGUUAGUUGUUAAGCAGUUGUGGGUGUCAAGGCGGGAAGCGGCUACCCACCUAGAAACAAAACUUCCAACUAAAUGUAUGCCCCUCCCCCUCCUCUUGAACUGCUUGAUAUAAUUGAAUAGAAUUGAUAUGAACUGCUAUAAUUAGUUCAAUAUUUUGCACACUUUGAUAGGUUGUAUAAUUGGCGUGUAUAAAAUGAUAAGAGAAUGACCUAUUAAGAUUAGUUAAGUUUUAGCAAACACAUAAUUUUUGAAAAAAACAUUAUUAUUGUAUUAAUGCUAGUAAUUGCACAAAAGUCUUCCAGUUUUAUGUGCAAAAAGAAGAUGGUUUAAAUCAUAUCUAAAACUUAUAGUGCCUCUAUGUUGUGAAUACAAGUAUGCAUAAUAAAUAGUAUAGUUUUAAA